AUAUUUCGAUUUAUUUUUCAUCGUAUAGUAUACAUUUGACACUGAUUGGAAGAACCGUACCCAGCUGAACCAUAAACCGGUGGCCGGCCUCCGGGAACCGGCGGCAGUCCUCUUCUCUUCUAGCUCACGAAAGCGCCAUAGUUGAUGAAUUACUGCUCCGUCGAUCGACCGGACCGUUCAGCAGACUAGGGGGAGAUGGAGUUCGAGGUGAGAGCAGUGGGUGGGAUAGAGGACUGUUUCGUCUCCCUGCCCCUGACGCUUAUUCAGACACUGCAGCAGUCGACUCCCUCUGGUAUCCUCCCCCACCUCCUGACCCUUGAGCUCCGGUCACUGAGCUCCAAUGGGGACUCUUGGUUCGUUGCUUGGUCCGGCGCCACUUCUUCUUCUCCCGCUAUUGAGGUUUCCCAGCAAUUUGCAGAAUGCAUUUCGUUGCCUAGUCGUACAAGAGUUCAAGUACGUGUCAUCUCCAACAUGCCAAAAGCCACGCUUGUCACGAUAGAGCCCUUUAGUGAGGACGAUUGGGAAGUUUUGGAGCUUAACGCAGAGCAUGCUGAGGACGCUAUACUGAAGCAGGUCAGAGUUGUUCAUAAAGGAAUGAGAUUCCCUCUUUGGUUGCAUGGUCGCACCAUCGUUACAUUCUGUGUGGUUUCUACAAUUCCAGCUAGAGCUGUAGUUCAACUAAUGCCCGGAGCUGAAGUAGCAGUUGCUCCAAAGAGGCGUGCUAAAAAGGUGCAUAAGGAAGAAGAUUCCUCCAUGAUAUCUUCUCAGAAAUAUUCCCAUUCUCACCAGGCAUUGCUUCGCAUUCAAGAACCAGACAAGAGACUCAUUCAUAAAAGUGAGGUCGAUGGUAUUGAGUUAGGGAUAGUCCUUACAUCUCUAGCCUUUGUUCAUCCUGACACUGUUGAAAGAUUUUCUUUGGACACUCCCGGUUUUGUUUUUGUUGAGCCUUCUACCGCAAAAGAAAGCAACAAGCAUCCUGAAAACAGUACAAUGGAGAAAAAGAGCAAUUCUAAUGGGGAGGGAGUGAACAAUGGUAUUUUGACUGACAAGAAGGAAGUUCGUGGUGCUUUAGUCUGCCUCUUGACAUCAGACUCAGUUGCUAAGGGGCACCUGAUGAUUUCUCAAUCUCUUCGCAUAUAUUUGAGGGCAGGACUUCACUCCUGGGUUAAUGUCAGGAGAUUCAACAAUUUGUUGAACAAGAAUAUUCCUUCAGGAUCAAUUUGCCCGGCUAGUUUUAGGAUUGUGGGGAAGAACGAGAAGAAAGGCCGGGGAGUGCUUCAUAAGCAGAACCGGAGCAAGAAAAACACAAAAUCCAUGCAUCAUUCAGCCCUUUUCAUGGAUGUGGAAGAUUGGUCCACUCAUGAGGAAGUUAUUAAUGUACUUUCUCACGAGCCUAAUGUUAGAGAAGUCAGUGAGACUGCUGAUCGAUCAAGUAUUAAGAAGGGUUUGCAGAGUCUUCUCAAAGCAUGGUUCACAGCUCACCUAGAUGCAAUUGCUUCUAACUGUCAGGGAAAGAUUGAUUCUUUUCUUUUGGGUAACAUAAGCUUACUUCACUUUGAAGUGAAAAGUUGCGACUUGAAUUUCCCACCAAAGGCUUACUUUAUAUCAAAUGCUUCAUUGAGAAAUAGAACUAAAGCACCAAGUCAGCCUGUUGAACUCUUAUAUUUGCUGUCUUUGUCGGAUGGACCAAUAUUGAGUCGAAGAGUCAGUGCAUACCAAAUAGCAGUUGAUGCAACCAAAGAGAAGCCUCACGAUCUUGGAGGCUUGGAUAUAUUGGCUGAAAAAGUCGACUGGAGCGAACCAGUAUCCCUUCAUUCCUCCAAAGAGAGAGUCUCAAACAAUGAGAUUACUGUGGAUUUCUCUUCUUUGAGCUGGAUGCAGACAUCUACUUCGGAUGUUGUUAAUAGGAUGAUGGUUCUACUAUCUCCAGCUUCAGGGAAGUGGUUCAGUAUGUAUGACCUUCCUCUGCCUGGACAUAUCAUAAUACAUGGACCGCCAGGAUCUGGAAAGACAUUGUUAGCUGGAGCUGUUGCAAGGACACUAGAAAACAAUCCAGAGAUCUUAGCCCACACGGUCUUUGUACGUUGCCCUCUGUUUGCCCAAGACAAGGCCUCUGUCAUUCGUCACAAACUUUCAAGCUUCCUAACUGAAGCUCUUAAUCAUGCGCCUUCAGUAGUUGUGUUUGAUGAUCUGGAUGACAUCGUUCAAUCUUCAUUUGAGUCAGAAGGCUCACAAUUGUCUUCCUCAACUGUUGAGCUAACAGAAUUUCUAUCAGGCAUUCUAGACGAAUAUGGGGAGAAAAGGAAGCUCACAUGUGGAAUUGGGCCACUUGCAUUUGUGGCGACAGUGCAAUCUCUGGACAAAAUACCCCAGUCCUUGAUUUCCUCUGGUAGGUUUGACUUUCACGUUCAACUUCCUGCUCCUGCUGCCUCAGAACGCGAAGCGAUGUUGAGGCAUGAGAUCCAGAGACGUUCCUUACAAUGUCCUCUAGAAAUCUUGCAGGAUGUAGCAUCAAAAUGUGAUGGAUAUGAUGCCUAUGAUCUAGAAAUAUUGGUCGAUAGGGCCAUUCAUUCUGCUAUUGCUCGAUUGGAGCCAUCCCAGUCAUCUUCUCAGCAGCCCGAGAAGUUCAGUUUAGAGAAAGACGAUUUUUCGCGAGCAAUGCAUGGCUUUCUUCCAGUUGCUAUGCGUGAUAUUACGAAGUCUACUCCAGAAGGUGGUCGUUCUGGAUGGGAUGACGUUGGGGGUCUUUCUGAUAUUCGGAAUGUGAUUGAAGAGAUGAUCGAGUUGCCUUCGAAGUUCCCAAAUGUCUUUGCAAAAUCUCCUUUAAGAUUGCGGUCCAAUGUACUUCUGUACGGUCCUCCAGGCUGUGGCAAGACACACAUUGUUGGAGCUGCAGCCGCUGCUUGUUCUCUGCGAUUUAUAUCUGUGAAGGGACCUGAGCUGUUGAAUAAGUAUAUUGGUGCUUCCGAGCAAGCUGUUCGCGAUAUAUUCGCAAAAGCAACAUCUGCAGCCCCAUGUCUUCUCUUUUUCGAUGAGUUUGAUUCAAUUGCCCCAAAGAGGGGGCAUGAUAACACUGGAGUGACCGAUCGCGUUGUUAAUCAAUUUUUGACCGAAUUAGAUGGUGUUGAAGUUCUGACUGGCGUAUUUGUCUUUGCGGCCACAAGUAGACCGGAUUUACUUGAUGCUGCGCUUCUGAGGCCUGGUAGGUUGGACCGCCUUCUGUUUUGUGAUUUCCCAUCAAAGCAGGAGAGGUUGGAUAUUCUUCGAGUUCUUUCUAGGAAGCUUCCUUUGGCCGAAGAUGUGGAUUUAGAUGCUAUAGCGCGUAUGACCGAAGGGUUCAGUGGAGCAGACCUCCAAGCUCUACUCUCGGAUACUCAGCUUGCGGCUGUCCACGAUCUCCUAGACAGUGAAGAUGGCAGUAAUUCUGGGAAAAUGCCAAUUAUCAUCGAUGCCCUUCUGAAGUCCGUGGCUGCCAAGGCAAGACCGUCUGUCUCAGAUACAGAGAAGGAUAGAUUGUACAGCAUCUACAGGCAGUUCUUGGAUGCAAAGAAAUCCACAGCUGCUCAGUCAAGGGAUGCAAAAGGCAAAAGGGCAACUCUUGCUUAACAACUACACAAUGCGACCCCUUCAUUCACUGUCGAGUAUUUCUCCUUUCCUAUUUCCUCCUCCUCUCUGAGAAAUUUAUGUUACUACUGUGAAAGACACAGCAAUAUUGAACGAAAAUGAGUGGAAAAAAAAAACUGUAUCGCAUUUUUUGGCCUUUAAUCACUCUUCCGCUCUAGCCUAUUAUUGUUA